AUGCAAGCCGCGCCUACUACUAAUCCAAAUUUUACCAGUGACGGCUCUGCAGCCUCGUCAUGCGCGAACUAUAGAACCCUGUGGAGCAUCGUCCUUACUUGCGCUCUGACCGUCUUUGCAUGCACAUACAGUGCCAUCCACCCCAAUAUUCCGAGUCCUAAGGACAGUCCCGUUCGUGUUUUAUUGCUACACUUGGGCAUCAUGGUAGCUGCCCUGCUUGUUCCUGAGCUGCUCGCUGUUUGGGCAUUGCGCCAGUGGCUCUGGGCUCGUCAUAUUUCAACAGAGUUUAGGAAGCAUUUCAGCGUUCAUUACGCAUGGACUCAGACUCACAGCUUCUUUGCGCUGAUGGGCGGUUUCAUGCUCUAUGUGGACGGAGAACCUUACCAUAUACUGUUGCCUGACCACCUUCUCGAUCUGAUACGUGCUGGAUCUAUUGAUGUCCCCACCCUGACAGCAAAGCAGAUCCGCGAUCGGAGCAAAGGCAAUGCGAUAUCAAAAGGAUUGAUCAUCCUUCAAGUGGCCUGGUUUAUCCUGCAACUCAUUUCCCGCGCCAUUUAUCACCUUGAGACCACACAGCUCGAGGUAGGGACACUCGCUUUUGCGGUUCUCAAUUUCAUUACAUAUGCUGUGUGGUGGAAUAAGCCUCUCGGUGUACAAUGCUCUCAUCCAGUCUACUGGAAGUCGACCAAGGCCAAGCUGGCAGAGGUCUGUUUUGAUAAGUACGUGUACACCCCAAUCAAUUCUACCCCUGCCGAUUAUGUCCCCCUCAGCGCCUCUGAAAACGAUGACCUCGAAAUAUCUAUAGAGAUCGUUGCUGUUUCACUCGUCGACUCAGUUGUGCGACUCAUUGGCAUAAAUGUCAUGUCCCCUCGAAAGCUACAAGUCCCAACGUGCGACAGUGGCAACGUCAAACUAGAACGUCAGGAAAGCAAUGUUCUCACGUUGGUUGGCCUUUUUAUGGGAACCAUCUUUGGCGGCAUCCACUGUACCGCUUGGUUUUAUCCGUUCCCCACAUAUCAAGAACAGGUCUUAUGGCGCGUGAGCGCUAUCUAUAUAACUUUCACACAAUGGUUUCAUUUGCUGGUAUACCUCCUGUUUAUUCCGAAAACUGAAAAAAAGAAAACACUGAGGCUUUCGUUUAUCGUAAUGUUUCCUGGAAUCCUACUGUAUGUAACAGCACGUGUCAUCAUCUUCACACUUAUGCUCACCACUUUACGCAAUCUUCGUCCUGGCGCAUUCGAGACGGUGUCGUGGGCUUAUUUGUUGCCGCACUUGUAG